UCCAUCUACGACGAGGUGGAGCUGGAGGAUCUGGCCUACGACGCCGAGCGCGAUCUCUUCCACUACCCCUGCCCGUGCGGCGACCGCUUCGAGAUCACGCGCAAGCAGCUCAGGGACGCCGAGGACAUUGCAACGUGCCCCAGCUGCUCGCUUGUCAUCCGCGUCGUGUUUGAUCCGGUGAGUAGGAGAGACGGG